AUGGUGCUCGCAGGUCUUGUCGGUGUCAAGACGGUCAAGGGCCGAGACCUCGCCCAGCUCUCGAUGGCCGCGCUCGGCCGGGUCGUCGGCAUCAACUUUGAAAAUCGGAACUCGGAGACGAUCGGGCUGCUGCUUUUCCUUGCGUUGCACAACGACGAAGUUCUUGACGAGGCGCUUGUAACGUACGCUGCAUCCACCAACGCUACGGCGGCGCUCCUCGCGACGCAGGCGGCGUGGCGCGUCAUCCACGACACCGUGAGCUUCCCGGUCCAUCUCGAGCGCCAUGGAGACUACCUCGUCAUGGUCUCUGAAGACCGCAAGGUGCGCGUUGGCGUGGCCAUCCCCGCGGCGGCGGCCUUCCGGGUCGUCUGGGUGUCCUUUGCGUCGCCCGUCUCGUUUGAAACCAGCAUCAUUGUGAGCACCCACACGGUGGUGAUCACGGAGGGCCAAGUGUGCAAGGACCGAGAGGUCCUCUGUGGCGGCGAGUUCUGGCAGGUGAUUUUCGACGCACUCGCAUCGUGGCCCAACGGGGUCGAGCAUUUGCACCGUCUGCUCACGCGCGCGAUUGCUACGUAUGGAAGCCUGCGCUACGACGUCGUGCGUCCGCCAGUCGACUUCGCCGCACUGGCUUCUCCGGCAAUGGAGUGCGUGGACGAUACCACGCUCCGGGUCAUGCUCGACGCCGCACUCCAAGACAACAUGGCAAUCCUUAGCCGUGUCCAAGACGUCGAAGCUCGCGCUUUUGAGCUUGCCCGAGAGCGCGAUUGGCUCCGCGAGCGCGUCGCCUCGUUGGAGGCAGCGGCGCCAGCACCAUCAGCCGCUUUUGCGCCGAGCCAUCGUAUCAACUCGCAGCGCCGAACCUCGUUGCCGUCGUCGUUGCAGUCGCCCGCUGCCAUCAUGCAACCGCAGCGCCGCGUGUCGCUGCCGUCGUCGUUGCCGCCGACACCAGUCCGCCCGGGCUAUCGGCCACGCGCAGCGCUCCUCGGAGCUGUGCGUCCGCUUCCGGCCCGCCGUACGCCGCCGCCCGCGCCCGGUCCGGACGUUGAGCAGCAUGCGUCGUCGGCUUCCUUGACGCCUGGCGCCUUUAUGGUCACGCAGUUUAACAGCAUGUCGCCGGACGCGCGUCUGGCGCUCGAGCGACGCUUCGCAUCCCCGCUGCUCAUGCGUUCUUACCCGUCGCCGGCCCACUCGUCGCCGUUCGUGCUUGAGAGCCCGCCGUUCGACCUGAGCACACCUCCGUAUCCGCCGUACGUGAGCCCAUCGUCGCCCUCGUCGUUCGCAUCGACGCGCCUCGUUUUCGAUGCGAUGACGCCGCCGCAGACCGAGCGCCGCCCGUCGCCGCCACCGACCGAAGAUGACGACGCGCUUGCAGACCGAGCGCUCAACAUGUCGGUCGACGAGAUCGACGACGAUGAAAACGAGACCAUGGCUAACGCGUAG